GGCUGCAGAGAAGCCUCUGCUCCUCUCAAGGAUCCCUGCAACACCGCUGUGUCCUUCAGAAAGAACAGCAAAGUGUCCUCUGCUUUUGGUAUGAUGCUGGAAAAGUGUUCCUUCUGUAAGAAAGGGGAAUGUAUCAAACCUGUAAAGGUGGAAAAAAAGCUUGGGCAAGCAGCAGCCAAGAUCAGAAUUGAGGCAGAUGGAAGCUAUUUUCAGAUCAAUCAGGAUGGAGGAGCACAGAAACUGGAAAAGGCUAAAAUUACCCUCAAUGACUGUUUAGCCUGUAGUGGCUGCAUCACAUCAGCAGAGAGUGUUCUCAUCACUCAGCAGAGCCAUGAAGAGCUCAACAAAAUGCUGGCUUUUAACAAGACUGCCACUCCCAGUGAACAGAAGUUGGUGGUGGUUUCUGUUUCACCCCAAUCCAGAGCUUCGCUGGCUGCAAGGUGUAAAAUGGGUGUCCUGGAAACAGCAAAGAAGCUGACUGCCUUCUUGAAGAGUUUAGGUGUGCACUAUGUUUUUGAUACAACCUUCUCAAGAAACUUCAGCCUAUUGGAGAGCCAACGAGAGUUUGUGAAACGCUUUCGAAAGCAAGCAGAAGACAGAAAGGCUUUGCCAAUGCUUGCUUCUGCCUGUCCAGGUUGGAUCUGCUAUGCAGAGAAAACCCACGGCAGCUUCAUCAUUCCUUAUAUCAGUACCACCAAGUCCCCACAGCAGGUCAUGGGCUCCUUGAUCAAGGACUAUUUUGCAGAGCAGCAGCACUUAACACCCGAUCAGAUAUACCAUGUAACAGUGAUGCCCUGUUAUGACAAAAAGCUAGAGGCUUCGAGGCCAGACUUUUUCAACCAAGAGUACCAAACUCGUGAUGUGGACUGUGUAAUCACCACAGGAGAAGUGCUCAAGUUGUUGGAACAAGAAGGAGUCUCUCUGUCAGAUGUAGAUCCUGCUCCAUUGGAUACCAUAUUCAGCACUGCAGAAGAGGAGCUCACAAGCCACUCUGGAGGUGGUUCUGGUGGCUACUUGGAGCACAUAUACAAAUAUGCAGCCAAGGAGCUCUUUGGAAUUCAAGUGGAUACAGUUCAGUACAAACCUUUAAAAAACAAGGACUUCCAGGAGGUGACACUGGAAAAGGAUGGAGCAGUCCUGCUCCAAUUUGCUUUGGCCUACGGGUUUCGAAACAUCCAGAACUUGGUGCAGAAGCUGAAACGAGGGAAAUCACCUUAUCACUACGUGGAAGUCAUGGCCUGUCCCUCAGGCUGUUUAAAUGGAGGUGGUCAGAUCAAACUCGAUGGUAACUCCAGCAAGGACCAGCUGCAGCAGGUGGAGAGGUUGUAUGAGUCUGUUCAGACUGUAGUUCCAGAGGACAACCGGACUGUUCGUGAGCUCUAUGAGCAGUGGCUGGGUGGUGUGGAGUCGGAAAAGGCUGUGAAAGCUUUGCACACGGAAUACCACACGGUGGAGAAGGCAAGCACUGGAUUUAACAUCAAAUGGUGACCAUGGGAAGCCUGGAUGCAGACACUCGGUGCCUUUUGGACCCAGUUAUGUUUCAGAUGCUCAAAAGAGAGCUGAUGUUCUGUGCAAUUUCUGACUCAUGAGGGAUGAGGCAGUGUGUGUAUAGACAGGCAAUUUAAUACCUACAGCUUUAUGAUUAU